UUGUUUGCUCUAUGGCUCCAGCUGGGAAGCUUUCUGGGUUUCGUCAAGAAGGCAAUAACUGGUUUUGCAAUGCUGAAUUGCCCAGUGAUAUUAGUGUUUCCAUCGAAGGUGUCACUUUCCAUCUUCACAAGCAUGAGGUGUUCACUCUGCUAAGAACAUCUGCAACUUAUCAUCUUGGGAGUUGGGUAUCACAUAGUCGGGUUGGGACUUUUUUUUUUCUGGAAUUUCGAUUGGCAUGCUUUUCCUCCCCCUCAUAUAUUCUCGUCUCAAUUAGUUUGUCAGGCCCUCCCAAUAGAAUUAAGAGACACAAGCAAAUGUUUUGAGAUGGUGGACAAAGUUGGUAUUGGAACCAGUGUGUUUUUUGUUUCUUUUUUUGGUUCUGACUCUCUGUAAAUUGUAAAGAGCUAAAAGAUAGUAUAAGACCUAGUUUUAUUGUAGUCAUAUUGUUAUGCCUUUGAUAUGAAAAUUUAAUAGUUAUAUGAUUCCAUGGGAGUUUGAGUAAGAUAUGCUAUGGUAAUGCAGUUUCCUCUUGUAUCAAGAUGUGGAAAAUUUGCUCAAACAUAUGAAGAGUCCAAGGAUACCUGUGGGAGAACUCUGAGUACUGUGCUGGAAGAAUUUCCAGGUGGUCCUGACACUUUCUUACUUGUGGCUAAAUUCUGUUAUGGGUUUCGCAUAGAACUGACAGCCAGAAAUAUAGUUUUGGUCUACUGUGCCGCAGACUACCUUGAAAUGACAAAUGAAUUUGGAGAAGAUAACUUGUUGUCAAAAUCAGAGAUCUUUUUCCAUAAAAACAUACAGCACAACUGGAAAGAUUGUAUUUUGGCUCUCCGUAGUUCUGAGCCUGUUCUAGCAAGGGCCGAAAAGCUUCAAUUAGUGAGUAGGUGUUUGAAUGCCCUAUCUAUGAUGGUUUGUACUGAUCCAACUUUGUUUGGAUGGCCCAUGAUGAUGUAUGGGAGUUUACAGAGCCCGGGUGGAAGCAUUCUAUGGAAUGGAAUAAAUACUGGUGCUAGAAUCCAGAGCUCAGAAUCUGACUGGUGGUUUGAAGACAUCUCAUAUCUGAGUGUGAGUUUGUUUGAGAAACUUAUUAAGACAAUGCAAGGAAGAGGUAUGAGACCUGAAAACAUCACAGGUGCCAUAAUGUACUAUUCUAGAAAGUACUUACCGGGUCUGGAUCGGUGGCAGGGUGGACAAGGUGGCAAGACUAGAACUGUUGCAAGUUUCAGCUUGACACCUGCGGCUGUUGAUCAGAGGGUUCUAUUGGAAAGCAUUGAAAAACUUCUUCCUGAAAAGAAGGAACAAGCCUUUUGCCGUUUCUUGUUGGGACUUGUUCGUGUGGCUUUGAUAUUGAAUGUGAAUCAAGCAUGCAUGGAUUCUUUAGAGAGGAGAGUAGGGAUGCAAUUGGAACUGGCGAGUCUUGAUAGUCUUCUGAUUCCUAAUUAUUCAGAUUCUGAUAUACUAUAUAACACAGACUGUAUUGAACGAAUUGUCCAUCAUUAUGUGUCUUCAGAAUCAAAUAUAACUGCUUUUUCUCCUUCAUCUGACUUGCAAGCAUCACCAUCAUGUGAAUCUUUAAGGAAAGUUGCAAAGUUGAUAGAUGACUAUAUUGCAGAAAUUGCUUCUGAUGUAAAUUUGAAACCCUUAAAGAUACGCACUCUUGUAGAGGCCCUACCCGAUUCAUCAAGAUCUUUGCAUGAUGGACUUUACAGGGCGCUGGACAUAUAUUUCAAGGCACAUCCCUGGCUUUCUGAUAAAGAGAAGGAAGAACUAUGCAACGUCAUUGACUACCAGAAACUCUCAAUCCAUGCCUGUACUCAUGCAUCCCAAAAUGAUAGGUUACCCCUCAGAGUUGUGCUUCAAGUGUUGUUCUUUGAACAGUUACAAUUGAGAACAGCAUUAGCGGGAUGUCUCCAUGCAUUGGACAGUGAAAUUGCGCCCGCCAUAACUGUACCGGGUGACACAGUAGGUGAUAUUGUACAAAGGGAUGGAUGGGUGACUGUGGUACGAGAAAAUCGAGUUUUAAAGGUGGAUAUGGAAAGGAUGAGGUCUAGAGUUGGAGAACUUGAAGAAGAAUUUAGUAAAAUAAAGCAAGAAAUGAAAAAUGUGAUCAAAUCUCAUAGUUCCCUUAGUUAUCCUCGAUUAGUUGCCCGGAAAUUUGGGUGUAAACUUGUUCAACGAUAUUUGGAUGCUCAACCAGAAUCUCUUGACCACACUGUACUCCCACCAAGAGCGUCAAUUGAGAGUGCAAGUCGAUCUCAUCAGUCUGGACACAGAAAAAGUUUGUCUUUGGUUUAAGUAAUAUAAAGAAAUCUUUACAUAUACAUAUAGCAGUGUUGUGUGGUUUUCAAAAUUUUUGUACGAGGGAAAGGGAAGGAAAAUGUUUCUUAAUCCACUUUUUUUAAUAAAAUUUCACAAUUCAUGUUUACAAGACUGGACAUUUUCCAUUUCUUUCCCUUGUGUGUCCUUUGUGUAAAGUUGGUUGUACACUUCAUAGUUCAUAGAGGCAAAUUUGAUAGGGAGCUUGCCACUCCUUUACUUAAUAGGAUGAUUCUUGUUGUUUGUAUGGGAAUGCUCCUGUAUUUUGAUAAUUUGAAGUUAUUAAAAUGAAACAUUUUUUAGAUCCCCAUUCAUGAAGUUCAUUGUGAUCAUCGAAGAAAU